UUUUCUGUUUUGCUUUGAAUAUUUCGUCACUUAUUGUAAAUCUACCUUUGUGUUUUGUCGAACGUCUAACAAUUUUAGGUGGGAGGAGUAAAAAUCCAUUUGUUUACAUUAAUUUUGUUUGCAAAACGUGUAAAACACCAAUUAUAGAUUGGGUUAACUUACAAAUAAAUUAGUAGUAAUGAAAUGUAUACGGGCCAGUUGCUUUAAAGUGGCGCAAUAUUGAGGUGUUGUUUGGUGCACUUGAUCCUAAGGUUUUACCUCUUGAAAGUAUGUAGGUUUUUCCCACCGGUUUUCCGUGUUCCACCACCGGUACAUGAACGAUCUUGUUUACAAAUCAGCAAAAACAGAAUAUUUCAUAAAAUAGAUUAAAAGAUGCAUCUUUCGCCAACUGUGAAUCAAGCCAUAAGAUGUCAAACCGCUCCUCUUCUCUUACUUUGAUUCAAUAUAGGUUUUUUACUUCAAUAGCGCUUAUGUCAACGCAUCACGCACCUUGUAUUUUUGUUUCCAGAACCAUGGUACUACAAUGGUCACCAAAAUCUCCGGAUUGGCUAGGGGAUCACCUACAUCUUUUUUUGACAAUGAAACUAGAGGAUGUUAAAACUCACUCCGCUGUUGAAAUAAUGGAGCGGAGUGACAGUUUCCCUAUUAAAUUCCCAGCUCAUGCAGGAAGAUUGAAGGAACUUCAGAAUUACAAGGACGUAACGACCGAGUACAUUGAUCGGAACAUCAAUUCAGUCUAUCCACUAGUCCACGAAAGCGUCUUGGAACUGUUCGGAAAGUUUCUCAUUUUUAAAAGGGACCACGGAAGUUCGAUCGAAAAAAACUUCUACAAAGACUUGUCGCUGAGAGAUUUCAUAAACAGACUUCUUAAAAAUCGGGCGGUAAUGUUCAUGGGGAAGUACGAUAAAUUUCUUUUGAUUACUGGGGAAAGAGGAUCCCACAACUGGGAAAAGAUCGGCACGAAUGAAGAAAAACCCCCUCAAAUAAUAGCCAACUGCAUAAGCUAUGACGAGAUCAAAUUGUCGGCAUUCAUUUACGUUAGUUCCUAUACUUAUUUUGUGAACAAAGGAGAUAGAAAGAACAAAGCAGUUUACAGUUCGGAUAGAAGCAAUAUCCAAGACGAGGGCGUUAUCCUCGGAUUGAUUGGUCCCAGGUUAAAGAAAGAAAACGUGAUGGACUUUCAGGAGAUGGUUUUUACUCCCAAACAAAAUCAGGCUUCUAACGGUUAUGGAAAAUUAUGUCAAAAUACUAUUCACUCACUUUUCGCGGAUUAUUUUGAAGAAGAUAAUAAUGAUUACAAAGAAGUUAUUGAACAGAGGCAGUUGCUUUCGAAAGAAGACAGUACCAGAUAUACUGACUUAUCCAAGAUCGGUAAGGAUUAUAUUUUCGACAAUCACAUUUACCACAAGCGGCUGACCAUAAUAUUUGACUCACUUCUGCUCGAGGCGGACUUUAGAGCCAAAGAAGUUGGCAAAAGUGCAUACGUCCACGUCGUAGGAUUGGGUUUAGGUGUAUGGAAAAUUUCUGACCACCAGGAGAAAGUGUAUAUGGAUUGUUUUUACAGCAGAAUUAUCGCCAUGAAAGCCAAAAUAAAUAACAUUAGCGACAUAUGUUUUUCAUAUUUCAAAGAACAGAAUUGCGGGGGAUAUAAAAAUGGACAAAAAAUUCAGAUUGCGGAACAUCCUUUACAGGGAAUAAAAAUUCACAUUUACAAGCGGGAUCCUCAUGAAAAACUACACGGAGAGCACGAAGGAAAGUUACUUGUAGUAACUUACGCUUGGGAUGGCAAUUCCAUGCCUGGAAACGAAUUUUGGGAUGGGAAGUUAGGUAGCAGUGGGGAUUCAGCCGCGGCAUCUUCAACUCAGAUCGCCGAACUGCAUAAUCCCCAUAUUCACCCUGGAGUGUGUGCCGAUAAUUUAAGAGUGAUUUGCGAAGACAGCGACGAAAUUCUGUCAAUCGGAGAAUAUCAAAGGAGGAUUAAAACGAAAUACGUUAAAAUUAAUCCACUCCGAAGCUGUGACUUGCAAUGCGAGCAAGAAAAAUCCACAAAAAGAAUCAAAGCAGAGUAGAUAAUUUAAAAGUGUUCCGCUUCGUUGAAUUUGAAUUUGUUUUUUGAAAUUGUCAAGAUAAAAUAAAAUAAUGAAAUAA